CAAAGUGCAUACCCUAAUCACUAUCAUAUCACAAAGUGCACGCCCUACGAACUCGCAUACAACACAGGUAGCAUUGUCUAUAUAAUAACGUUACCUUGUAGUUCAGCUAGAAUUUAACAACCAUAUCAAUCAUGCCCACAUUAUGUGCGAUUUCCGGUGGGUUCUACGCGCUGGAAGUCACUGUGCCCAAGAAACACUACGUCUACAUGCGCAAACACGUGGUCAGAGAGGAUGAGGAAAGCGACGAGACUCCCGCUGGUCGCACACUGUUCGUGACUAACAUACCAACAACGUAUACGGAAAGUACCAUUAUGUCUAUAUUUAAAGCCCAGGGGUCCGGGGGUGUCAGCAAAGUAACGAUACACAGGCGGAGUAACCAGAAGCACACACGCACGCUAGCGAAGGAAUUGUAUGGCGAGUGCAAAGACGAGGAUGAUUUGACUCGAUUUUCACACGUGGUUUUCAAGAGUGAGAAGCAGUUGGAGAAGUUUAUAAAAGUGAAGAAGGAUGUGAAAGCAGUGGAGUCUACUGAGAGGUUAUUACCGGUGGGUAUGGAGAAAUGGGCUCAAGAAUGUCAGUUGAAUACAUACCCGGAUAUAUCAGUACUGUCUAACGAGAUCGCUGAGGCUAUGGUAGAGUUCGAUGCGCUCGAAGCGAAGAGAAAGGCACUGCGCAAAGCAGCCAAGAAUAAACCAGAUGACGAUGGGUGGGUUACUGUGUCGUAUGGCAAGAAGGCUAAUGCCCUCAACGAUCUGGCCGAGGAGGAACGCCUGCGAAAGAAGAAAACGCGCGACAUGUCUAAUCUUUAUAAGUGGCAACAACGCGAAACGAGACGGGAGGAAAUUGCUGAUUUGCGAAAGAAUUUCGAGGACGAUAAGCAGAAGAUACAACUGUUGCGUAUGCAGCGCAAGUUCAAGCCGUAUUAAGCACUCACGAACGUUGUCAGUGCCCGCUUUUCUCUUAUAUUAGUGGGGUGUUGCUGUGGUCAAAUACGGGGGCGAACUGUGUUUCUUUCUCGCAAAGGGCAGCUAACAUCUGAUGCACAUGAGGAAGUCGAGCGAUGCGCCAUCUAGUAUUUUGCUUGUCUUCAAAAACAGUGUAUAAAGUCGCAAAUUCUGGUGAUAGCGCACAAAUCCACUGUGGUAGUGAUGCAACCAAGUGCGGUAUCAAUGUUGUGCUUAUAGCUAAGCGACCGCCCUCCAAGCCCCCGGGACUCUCAGGAGUUUCUUGGUACUAUUUUGUAGUUCUGUGAUGAGCGUAUGAUAUGGCUCGUGUAUGGUUUGUCACCGAGCGAUGGAGUACAAUGCAUCCACGGAACAAUAAACAUAAAACAAUCUUCA